AUGCCAUCGACAGCAAGUCGGCGUCCAGUAGCAGUAGCAGCAGCAGGUUGCAGCAGCAGCAGCAGCAGCAGCAGCAGCAUCGGAGGAGGAACAACAGCAGCAACAACAGCAGCAGCAGCAGCAGCAGCAGCACGACGCCGCAACGAAAUCUUUGUUGAUGUUAUAGAAAGGGUUUCGGCUGUGCUAACCCCCGCGGGGCAGCUCAUGCGUGCUGCUGUCGACGGCACCAUACAAAUGAAAUCCUACUUAGACCCUCCUCCUCUCCUUAAGCUAGCUCUUACUGAUCAAAUAUCUAUCAAUGAUUUGUCUUUAUUUGAGAGUGAGGGUUUACUGCUAUUCAAGCCACCAGCGGGAGAGUUUUCUUUGCUUAAUUAUUCUCUCCCCUAUCUCCUUUCUGUCCCCUUUCGUCUCUUCCCAGCUGUAGAAGAACUCGCACACGGAAAGGCGGAGGUGACGCUGCGUCUGCGGGCUGAUCUGCCUGAGCAGUGCAGCGCAGCAAAUUUGUGUGUUUCUGUCUCUAUCCCGAAAUCCACUACUUCUGCUUCUCUUGAGGUUUCUCCUCCUAUUCUCUCGCAGGGGGGGGAGUUCAUUCCGUCUGAGCAUCGAGUCCAGUGGCUUAUGAAAAAGAUGCAGGGGGGCAGCGAGGUGGUGUUCCGCGCCCGCCUGGCCUUCAACCCGUCUUUGCCGCUACCGACCCGAGCAGAGUUCGGCCCCGCAACCCUAGGGUUUGAGGUUCCUAUGUAUAAUGUUUCUAGUCUACAGGGUUAG